AUGACUUGUAUUUGGAUUACACCAUACACUUUUUCAAUUCUCAGGGCUGUAAAUUCAACAAAUUGCUUCCAAGGUUCGCAGACGGGAGAGAAUUCCACGCCAAGGGUCCACCGAGCACAAGCAUCAUCUCGUGCUACAAUCCACCAAAAGUCACGUGUAGCAGAGCCCACAACUGCCCAUGCCUAUGCGUUGGAACCAUUGCUUCUCUCGUCGGUGACUUCAGAUCUCAAGAUUUCCAGAAGAUCAAAAUGGCAGCCAUGCAGGCCUUCAGUACGAGAUUUUACACCAAUCCUUGUGCUUCUCAUUCAGUUCCAUGAUGCUUAUGUCUUGGACGCUCAAGAUUUAACGGUAUUGAUGGACAAACAGACAAAUAGCAGCAAAGCUGACACCUGGAGCCAAAUUGGCUUUUUUAGAGUCUUCUUCACUGUGAUCGAAUCACCCACGCCCUCCCCAAUGUCGUUCUUCGAGCUGGACGAUUCUUUUCCCUCUUCUACACCCUCUACAGCGACACCUCUUACCCACCACUCCUACUCAUCCAUGACUGGUGUUACAGCUCCCAUGAUAAGUCCUGGCAAAUAUCCUUCCUAUGCAAAUAUUACCAUGACUCCACAAUGA